AACCUUCUGUUUUUCAAACUAACUAGAUAGGAGGGGCUGAAUCACUGUAAGGCCUGCUUUCUAAUUCUUUAAUCAUUCUCGUGGCUCUUCUCUGAACCCUCUCCAUUGGAUUGUGAAUACCAGAACUGUAAACAGUAUUCCAGUAGCAGUUGCACCUAUGCAAUACAGAGGCAAGUCCAUGAGGUUCAAUCUUACAUGGGGCAUCUGGAGACCUCCGACAAGCAGUCAGUGCACUUGGUAGAAAAUGAGAUUCAGGCAAGAAUAGACAGGAUAUUCAGCAACCUGGAACGCCUGGAGAUUCUGUCCAGCAAAGAACCUGCCAACAAACGGCAGAAUGCCAAACUCCGAGUUGACCAGCUGAAAUAUGAUGUCCAACACCUGCAGUCAGCACUGAGGAACUUCCAGCAUCGCCGUUACAAUCGGGAGCAGCAGGAGAAACAGCGAGAGGAGCUCCUGGCACGCACUUUCACAGCUAAUGACUCUGACACCACCAUACCGAUCGACGAAACAUUACAGUUUAAUGAAUCCCUCCAGAAUGCCCAUCGUGGCAUGGAUGAUCUUAUUGGCAGUGGGACCAGCAUCCUGUAUGGGCUGAGGGACCAGAGAAUGACACUAAAGGGCACUCACAAAAAAAUCCUAGAUGUUGCCAACAUGCUGGGCUUAUCGAACACCGUGAUGCGACUGAUUGAGAAGCGGGCUUUCCAGGACAAAUACUUCAUGAUCGGCGGAAUGCUCUUGAGCUGUGUGAUCAUGUUCCUUGUGGUGCAGUACCUGACGUGAGCUGUAAUUCGAACCAGAGGAGAAAACCGGUUGGAUGAAGACAGACUGCCCUCCCCAAAUGUACUGCCUAGUUCAUUGUGACCUUUGGGUUAGUCCUGCUCUGUAAACUGCAGCGUGCGCCAAGUGACACUCAGAUGUAUGGGCCAUGCAGAGGAGAGCAAAUGUGGCCGAGGAUGCCAUAAUUGGAAAUAGAAGCCCAGCCUUUGAUGUGGUUAGCCCGUUGCCUGUAUACUGCAGACUCUAGUUACACAGGAGCCAGGCGCAAUGAAUAUUUCUGAUCAGCUCUACUACUAGGAAUGGUUGUGAUAACCUCGGUUUUUUUAUUGGGGAGGGAGGGGAUGGAGGAGAUAAGAACUGUAAGGAAAAAUGUGAUGUGCCUUCCCUGUGCUGGGGGUCUCUCUGUGUUAUUUUCCACAUGCAGAAGCCUUGUGAGGAAAGUAAUAAACCCUACAGGGGCCUGCCCUGCAGAACAUACACGCA